GCCGUCGGUCAACGCGCACGCACACGGGUUCACACCCAUCGCUGCGGGUGUGCGUCCCGUUCCCUUCUGAGGCCUCGCGACGUCGCCGCGGCUCGGUGGAACGCGAGACGGACCUCCACCCCCGCUCGGUUAGUUAACUCGCGUUUCGGCCGGGGGUGACGUUGCGCCGCAAGUGCCGAGGUGCAUACCGUGCGUCCGAUUAGCAGGGUGGAGGUUGCGUACCGUCGUGACGGGAGAGGACGUAAGAAAUCUAGAGCAGUGCGUGCAUCACACAAUCGCGAGAUCCGUGCGAAUACGAGGGAGGAGAGCAGCGCGAGGAAGACGAUCGCGCGAGCGGGAAUUGCCGUCAGUGUCGCUCUCAACGUCCAAAGAGAAGUCCGUUCGAGGCGAGAAGCUCGCAGAGUCGCGGAGCUCCGAUUCGCGAGGAAAACCGGGCUGUCUAGAGUGGGAUUCCCUUCGCGCGUCCUUCGCCGAGAUAUAGGUACGAACGGUCCAACUGCGAGGAGAAACUCCGUCUCGGAAUCACAAGAGCGCGAGCAAGGUUGGGACAUGUCGGUGACGCGGUAAUGUCGAUCGCGGGAUCCUCGCCUUCCUCCUCGUCGUUCUCCUCCGUCGUCGUCCUCCUCGUCGUCGUCCUCGUCGUCGUCGUCGUCGUCGUCGCCGCCGCGCUACCUGGAGUGACCAGCAGAGGCGGCACACCGGAGAAGUGUACGGACGGCGCGACGGAGCAGCUCCCAGAGUCCUCGUUGCGUCAAGAGUAGCGCGAGAAGGGGACGCGAGUAGCGCGUUAAGGGAGCGAGGAGAAUCGCGCGCGAUGCUGUCGAUCGUCGGCGGGGAGUCCCGCUGGAAGACCGGGACGUCGUGCUCGAUCCCUACGCUGCUGGCCCGAUGCCUCGUAACGAUCGUCGCCGACGUACGGCCGCACGAGAGGUGGUAGCGCUAUAACGCGCGCAGCGGGAUCGUAGGAGCAGCAGCAGCAGCAGCAGCAGCAGCUCGUCGUCGUCGGAGGUGUACGCGCUUCCGGCGCCGUGCACCGGCACGGCCGAUGCGGUGGAUGCGCUACGACGGGACGAUGGCCGGCGAUGCGAGCACGGAAGCGGCGUUAGUCGAAGCGGUGAUCAAUAAGACGCAAGCCGCGAGAUUGUGAACCGGCGAUCGCUAUUCUUCCACGCCGAGGCUCGCGAGGAACGUCGUCGUAAGGAUGUAGGGGGGCCCGCGCUAUCGGGCCUCGUGGAGGCGCCGCGCAUCCUCUCGCUCUCCUCUCGACGACGGGCCGAUAUCGAGGACGAUAUCUAACGAACGAGGAAAUCGCGGCUUUUGCCGGACUGGCGAGCGUAGACGAGGGGGAAGAGUUUCAAGAAGAAAAGGGAAAGAUAAACGCGAGCGGCGAGUGUCGAACGUAAGAGAUAAUUAUGUGUUCCUUAGUCCAUCUCUUAGAUGGCUUCUCGUUAUCGAACGUGUACCGUAUUUCUCUCUCGUCGUAGUAGAGAUUUUCUUAUAACCACCCUCGUGUGGAGCAUAGAUGCCUUAGUGUUCGUUUAACGGAGAGAAAGAGAGAGAGAGAGAGGGAAAAAAGAAGAAAGAAAGAGUUCCUCCGAUUCAACGAUCUUCGCGCGACAUAUAAUCGUCAAAGGCGCGGUUACAUGCACGUUACGCCAUACGGUAGAAUCACUCGGCGCAAGAGGAGAAAAGGAGAGAGAGCGAGAGAGAGAGAGAGAGAGAGAGAGAGAGAGAGAGAGAGGCGAGCGCGGAAAGCGAGCCGGGUGAGAAAAGUGCGUUUCGCCGCGUCGCGAAAAAUAUAAAGCGUCGUGUGUUGGCGGCCAAAGUAGGUCACGAGGUCGAUACUAAUACACGAAGUGAGAAGAUGCAAGAGGAAACCGGGAAAAUGGCAUGUGCUAACGACGUUAAUAACGGCGGACCGAUUUUUCGGGGCGGACCCGCCGUACGCCCGUAGUGCGAAGUAAUUAGUGAUUUACCGUGCACGUUGCGCGCGUCAUUUGCGCGAAGUGCCCCCCCGAGGUAAUCUAAUAGCGGACUACCCCCCUCUGCCCCCCUCGCCCCUCCCCCCGUCGUGUACGGAGGAUAAUUACUAGCGAAAAUGGUCGAUCUAGGAGGAUACAUUAUUAUACUGACGAACGACGACGGGAAGAUCAGGUUGUACGGAUCGGCGGCGGAUAAUGCGGAUCUGGAGGCGGCUGAUGAAAUUUUAGAAGUGAACGGUCGCACCUUGGGAGAUGCAACUCAUAACGAAGUCAUUCAAUACAUACACGAGUGCAUCCAGUCCCGGUCGAUAUGUCUGCGUGUCCGGAGAAGAGGCGGCAGCAAAAUGGAAAAGCUGGACGGGCCAAGCGUUGGGCGGAUACGAGACGCCUGGGUUAUCGCCGUCGAAAGUAGGGCGAGAGAGAGACUGCAGAAACUGACGACUCUGAAGAAGAUCCAGCCGCGCGACAUCGAGGCCAUUUUGCACCAGCAGAUAAACGACGCAGUGGCGUCCACGAGCGAACAGUCGGCUCCGAAAGACGUGACGAAUGACCAAAUUACAUUUACUUUGGCGGACAAGGAAUUGGGGACGAAUGCUUUCUCCACGAAACUUAGCAACGGUACGAUCCCCAAAGGACUAGGAAAAGAGGCGGACAUCCGAGUGGAAAACACCUCGCAGGAGCGGAAGGACACUUUGGAAAAACACAGCCACCCUGCUGAAGAGCCGAACCUCUUGCAACCGGUGCAGAGCGGCAGAAUCGGCGAACGUCGCGCGAGCAGCCCUUUCCAAAAUGGUCGGACGGAAGUGCUGAUCGGCGAGCCGGAGGGCGGCCCGAGGUCGCCGCGGGGAUCGACAUCUUCGGCGGUGAACGACGGCAAUUUCCUGAAUCCACCGGACGAGCGAGACUAUCCUGAACCAAUUUGCAGGUCCCGAAGGCGUAGCGGUAGUGGCGUGACGGACAUACACUCUCAGCAACAGCAGCAACAGUUGCAAGAGAACAACAACAGCAGCUCGCGCGACGCAAAGAAGCCGCAAGAGGGACUGGGGCCCGAUGAGAUGUGGGCCCCUGGUGCCCUGGGCCAUCAUCGGGAGCUACCUGUUGAUGUGCCCGACACCCUUCUACAGAAGGCCUAUCCCAAUAAGGUAAAGAAUCGCUCUUCCGAUUAUAGGAACGGGCUACAGCACCGUCCCCGUAGCGCUAGCGACCUCGACCUCUCCCUUAACCUUAAAAACGAGACCCUUAAAACCCGCACCAUCGCGGACGGACGCGCUAGACUCAUAUCGAACGACUGCACGGACGUCACCGACAACGCUAGGACGACGACGACGACGACGACGACGAUCAACACUCGCAACGGUCUUCAGCCGUCCAUGCUGAAGAUUGAGCUAAAAAUCGAGGACGAGGAGGAGAAGGUGAGAGCCGCUAAAAAGGACUCGAGCCUCGACAAAUAUCACGAAAACCCGACUGUCACCGGGUCUCCGGACUUGAAGAGCAAAUCCUUUGAGGAUUUCGAGGAGGAAGAGAACACCGUCGAAGACGCGGGCGGGCAGAAAGAGUCCAGCGUUGACGUCGAGGACGACUAUCCCUUCGCCAAGGAGGAUUACCCCACCAUGCUCAAGACUUGCAGCGACGAUUCCGCGAGCCCGAGGAGCUCCUCGGGCAGAUCGGACAGUACUGCGCCCCUCGACACUAGCCUGAUGCUCAAAUCCGGUAAGAAUCGAAAAGAUUCUCCGACUUACGACGUAAGGAGGAUAGAUCUCGGCUCUCCGUGCAGGUCGGUGGUACCUGAUAUCAAAGUAGCCCCGCUCUUUGGUCGUACUCGGGACGCGACGUCCUUCGACAACCCGGCAUACGGACUGACGGACUUGCAAGACCUUCAAGGGCUGUUGAUGCGCUCCGACGAAGUCUCAGACCUGACCAGGUUGAUAGACGAGCAAUGUUCGAUCCCGAGGAUACCGAAGGAUCAGGAUAAGGCCUCGCCCGCCCGCGCUAAGGAUCAGCAGACGGAGUCCGCUCAAGCAGAGGUGGCGGGCAAACCCGCCAAGAGCUCGAAACGUCGUCAGAACGACGAGCGAGCGAAAAUUAAGGCGAAAACGCGCAGCCUCGACAUCGAGGAGCUGAUCCGCGCCGGCUCGACCGAUGAUCUGAUCGGCAUCGAGCUGAACAAUCUUUCCUCCUCGUCUCGACAACGACCCAAGAAGAAGAGGCAUCAGCAGAUCUCCAGCGGCUAUUCCACGCUGAGGAGUGAAGCAUCUGGCGAUCUCGAGCUCACCGCGGAUCGCAGCUUCCUCGUGGUGGGCGGCAAAGCUUACCGCGAAGUGGCGGUAGACUGUCCGCCAGAUUUCGUGCCGGUUACCAAGUGCCACCCUGUAUACCCACCGCCUAAUAAAACUCCUAGCAACAGCAAGCACAAUACCCUUGAGCCGAGGCGCGAUCGCGAGAACGUCGUCAAGGAGGGUAAUCUCGCGUGCGGCGGCGGCGGUGUAGCUGCCGAGGCAAGUGUGUGCGCCACAACGACGACGACGACGACGACGAUGAUUACAACAACAACAACAACAACAACAACAACAACAACAAGCACGACAACGCUCGUAGCCUCUCCCUGUCUCUCCCUGAACGAUAAUAGCCUCGCGACGUUGUCUAGUGCAGAUGGUAGCGCUAGAGAGAUCGUAGUCGCGCGUACAGUAGACCGUAAGCACGACGCCAAGAAGGUAAGGCUCAGAGUCAAGAGCUUGCUGCUCGACGGCUUGCACUCUGUCGUAUACCACGAGCAACGCUAUUGGCACCGCAAUUCGCUUCGCGCUUUCAACACGCAUCCCUCUAACAUGCUUGUGCCGACCUCUAACGAAUCUGCCCCGCACUCGUUUAAUAUCGAAUUGCGAGACAUCGACUUCGAGUCUACGGAAAUGCAGACUCGCGCGUCAACCUCGAACGAGCUCGAACGAGCUCCAGGUGAGGCUGGCAGCCGCUUGAAUCCCGCCUUCGUCGCAUCCCAGGAGGACGUCCGCCGCGAGGACGUUCCGCCGCGUCAAAGGUAUCGGAAGAGGUCGGGAAUCACCGGUCGGGUCUGCUCCGUUUUCCAUGGCCGGUUUUCUCCAUACCGACGGGACCCGUCGGUCAUUUUCCACUUGGACGGUGAAAAGAUAGUCUUCUCCGAUAGCUCAAUAGGGUUCGACGAUUUCACAUCGCGCAAUGUCUGUGCGUCCGAGGACAAAAUUGUCGGCUCUUCGGAAAGUCUUUUCGGUUCUCAGAAGGAAUCCGAACAGGCCGCUUCCUCUAACUGUUCCACAGAGAGCACCGAGGGUGCUAUGUCAUUCGUAGACGAUGUCCCGCUUGAAAAAGUCGCGGAUAGCGUUCCUUCCUUCGUCCAAGAGACAAAUCAGAAUUGUCGAAAUUCUUCGCGCGAAUCCUCUCCCUCGAAAUAUCUGUACGAUGAUACGCGUGGUCUCGACGAUUCCUCUCUAGACAGCGAAGAACGGCGGGAACGUUAUGAUAAUGACUUUCAGUGCCAAGACGAACACGAUUCGCCGAAUACGGAGAGUCUGAAAAAUGCCAACUUGUCUGUUGACGAGCGUCAUCAGUGUUCGAAACUGUUGGACGCCUCGUUCACGUUUUCCAGCAGUACCGGAAGAUCUCGCAAGAGUUCCGCCGGUGAAACGACUUUGAGAUGCGCGUCUUCGAAUUCCGACCUUUCGGAUUUAAUGGCCGAUUAUUCGACCUCCAUGAUCCGCUUCUCUCUCUCCGACUCUGACUUACACUCAUCGAAGAUCUCGGCCUCGUGGUAUGCCGUAAAGCGGGAUAGAACGAGCCACCAUUCGGUAGCUUUGUACAAUUCUAACAAAUGUACGAAACAGGACGAAUCGGGACCGUCGACGCACACUAUGGGGAACGAUAUGAGCGACGACGCUCUUCAAGAACAGGCCGGUCUCAACGGGGUUAAACCUGCCAUUCCGCCUCGCGACCAGAAGAGGGCACCUGCCAGACCGCCGAAGGACAAUCUGCGUCUGUCCACACAGAACAAUAAUGUCGAAAGCAGCGACAACGCCAACGCGGAGCCGACACAGCAGCAGCUUCACUCCAUCAGGAAAUAUCAGGAGCAGCUACGGAAGCGAAAAGAUGAGGAAGAGAGGCAGGAAAUACUUAGUCGUUCUCUCCGUGGCUCUAAGAAACUGCAAGCUUUGGAGAGCCACGCGACGAGCCUCUCUGGUCAAGAGAAUCUUGCUUACGCACAGGAUGAGGUGACCUCCAGCAUCAGUCGAAUUACGCAAGCUACUCCAAAUGCAGUUCAAGAAGUGGAGGAGCCUCCCAGACCCCUCACGUAUGGAGAGGUCGUUGCUACACUGGAGAGGCUGCAGCUUCAACUGCGGAAUAUUUCAGGUGCUCUUGGUAUUUCGGGUGCAGGUGUCGAAGCCGAACUCGAGGCAGUUCGGACGCUUUUGGUGCAAAAUCGAUUUGCAAGUGCCCUGGCGACGCGUCAUACCUUGAAGAAUCGGUUGAGAGCGAGUAAAAUUUUUAAGCAUCACGUGGACGACGCAUCGAGCCUGGCGCGGGAUUGUGUGGAUAUCCUAGAAAAAUGGCAGUCGACGUUGGCCGCAACAGGUGUCGCGGGCGGAGCAGAGACAAUGGCUGCUGCGAGGGAGUUAACGAGUAUUCUAACGAGUACCGACAUGGAAGUUCUGCUUUUAGCGCACGACUCCAUCGUCUCGUAUGUGGACGGCUUGCAAAGGAAGCAGAGCCCGACGUCUUCGCCACGCAGCGGCCCGCCCAGCCCUACAACCAGUUGGAAAGACUCUCGAGUAGUCGACAAUAUCAAGAUCAUCCGGAUCGAGAAGACUAACGAACCUCUGGGUGCUACAGUCAGAAACGAUGGGGACGCGGUGAUUAUAGGACGCGUCGUACGUGGUGGUGCGGCGCAUAAGUCGGGACUCCUGCACGAAGGCGAUGAGGUUCUCGAGGUGAACGGAGUAGAAAUGCGCGGCAAGACCGUCAAUGAAGUCUGCGAUAUCCUCGCUGGUAUGCAGGGUAGUCUCACAUUCUUGGUACUUCCGGCUCCGACAAGUCACAGAAAUAAUUUAUCCAGCAGAAGAGAGGACACGACACAGAUUCAUAUACGAGCCCAUUUCGAUUACGAUCCCGAGGAAGAUCCGUACAUACCGUGCAGAGAGUUGGGCGUGAGUUUCCAAAAAGGCGAUGUACUUCACGUAAUUUCUCAAGAGGAUCCCAACUGGUGGCAAGCAUAUCGGGAAGGCGAAGAGGAUCAAACUUUAGCUGGCUUGAUACCUAGCAGAGCAUUUCAGCACCAACGAGAAUCGAUGAAGCAGACGAUAGCCGGCGAUAAAUCGACAGUGCGGGGCUCAAAGAAAUCCAGCACGUUGCUGUGCGCGAGGAAAAAUCCAAAGAAGAAAAAGCGGAACAAAUUCGGGUCGAGCUUCAAUGAUGACGGGUACCCCCUUUACGCGACAACUGCCAUAGAUGAUUACGACAGCGAGGAGGUGCUGACGUACGAAGAAGUCGCCUUAUACUAUCCUCGUGCAAAUCACAAAAGGCCAAUUGUACUGAUCGGACCUCCCAAUAUUGGGCGACACGAACUCAGGCAGAGAUUGAUGCAAGACAGCGAACGUUUUGCCGCAGCGAUUCCUCAUACAAGUCGUCCGAAGAAAGACUCCGAGGUCGAUGGCCAAGACUACCAUUUUAUUUCACGUUCUCAAUUUGAGUCCGAUAUCCUUUGUCGAAAGUUUGUCGAGCACGGCGAAUAUGAAAAGGCGUACUACGGCACUUCCGUGGAGGCCAUCAGGACAGUGGUUAAUUCCGGGAAAAUCUGUGUCUUAAACCUUCAUCCCCAAAGUCUCAAGAUCCUGCGGAAUUCGGAUCUGAAGCCGUACGUCGUGUUUAUCGCACCACCGAGCCUCGAGAAGCUGAGACAGAAGAGGAUCAAGAAUAACGAGAACUUCAAAGAGGAGGAAUUGAAGGACAUAAUCGAGAAAGCGCGCGAGAUGGAAGACAAGUAUGGCCACUUGUUUGACAUGCUCAUCCUGAACAACGAUACUGAUCGGGCGUAUAAUCAGCUUCUCACGGAGAUCAAUUCACUCGAGAGGGAACCUCAGUGGGUGCCUGCGUCUUGGAUUCAGUAACCAAGGACGGUGUUGUAGCUGCGCUUAAGAGCGAGCAUUGUGGUACGGUAAAACGGCGAUCGGAGGCCAGUAUUGCGGUAUCUGUUUGCAGGACAAGUGCUUUAAAGCGUUUCUCCAAACGAGGCUUCGCGCGAGUCUGAUAGAGAUUUGGAGGACUGGUUCUUCUACAGGUGCCUGUUAUAUAGUUUUAUGUUUCUUACGCAAAUCUCUCGAAUCUUUCCCGAGUUAUUAUACUGUACUGCAAGUACUACCCGUCUGACAGAGUCUUCCGCGUGUGUGUUGUCGUACUUUGGUGCCAUGAAAACGAUGGAGGAUCAUUGGAAGCAGUCCUCGAACGGGAAAAGAAGCGGAAAGAAACGAAAAAACGAGGGAGAGAGAGAGAGAGAGAGAGAGAGAGAGAGAGAGAGAGAGAGAGAGAGAGAGA